GGUAUUCCGUCGUCCUGCCUUGGUGUACAAGUACGAAGAAGGAGGCAUUGACUCCAUUGUUUCUGGCAUGCUAGAUCAAGAAUGUGAGAACACAGAUCGCUUUAUGACCAAACAAGUCACCCUUCACAUGUUUGCCGAGAACCCUCCACACGGCAUUGGAACAGAUCUGGCUAUGUUAAACAAUCAGCGUGGAAGAGAUCACGGCAUUCCAGGCUAUAAUCUUUGGAGAGAGCUUUGCGGGGGAAACAGAGCCAAAACAUUUGAGGACUUUAUGAGCGGACCAAGGGAAUUUAGAAUAAAUUAUGAAUCAGUCGAAAAACUAAAGAUGUUGUACAGGCAUCCAGACGAUGUUGAUUCCUGGGCCGGGGGUCUGGUAGAGGAAAACCUCCCUGGCGCUACAGUGGGACCCACAUUUGCCUGCAUCAUUGCAGAGCAAUUCAUUCGCAGCAGAGAUGGCGACCGUUUCUGGUACGAGAACAAGCAAGCUGGAUUCACACUGAAGCAACUGCAGUCUAUCAAAAAGACGUCCUUUUCACGUAUCAUCACCGACAAUUGCGACAAAGUCCUGACCAUCCAGCCAAAAGCUAUGCUGAGAGCUUUCGAGGAUAUCAUCCGUACACCAAACUUCAAAGCGUCCCAGGCCUACCAUCUGAGUAUGCUGUAUAGGGGAGUGGGCAACUCUCGUGUGGACUGCACAACUCUACCCAGAAUUGACCUCACUCUAUGGCGAGACCAACCUCAACCCAGCACUUACCGCCAACCAAGACAGCAGGCUCAUGCAGCCGUGGGCACGGUCCAAUUGUCAAGAACUCCCAAGUACAACCCAAUCAGGCAGAUUUAUCGAAAUUUCAAUUAUAGAGCAUACGGUCGACCCUCACAGAGAUACUACUUCAACAAUAAUAGGUUGCCAAAUAGAUACGGAGGGCGUUAUGCUAUGAGGUACUUCAGGAAGUAACUUCUGAGCAUUAGUCGAAUAAUAUUGGUUUGGGGACUGUGUUGUUACCUAUAUCAUACCAACUGUGAACAGUAAUGAGGUAAAAGGAAUAAAACGUGAGUUUUUUUUAAUCGCACCCUACUUGGCCGUUUAUCUUCGCCUCUGUCAUUAGUGGAGCUGACCAUAUGACCGAACUCCGCCCAUGUCCCUGACUUAAUGCCAUUCUUUCAGACACGUAUCAGAUUAGCUCAUAACACUAAUAUCACAGGUGUGUACGCAGUGAUGAUUUUGAUAACCAAGUGGUUAACACUAGACGAAGGAACCAAGUGUAUCGGUGAACAGUUCAAACGAAAAGGGAGAUGGGCAGGGUAAUUUUCGUGUGAUUAUUAAAGUGCGAAGGGAAGUAUUCCAUUUAAAAUUGUUCGGGAUUUUGCCAAUGGAAUACACUAAAAAUUUUUGAAAGGUAAUAAAACUUGGUGGACUUGAUUCCUGCAUUCUACCUUUCCUGCCAGUAUGAUAAAAUUUUGAAAUUUAAUGAAUAUUUUCAGAUAAAAUGUCUCAUGUGGUUAGUCUUAAAGAGCGGUUAAUCCCAACUGAAUGGUAAUUCCGUUUUCAAAAGAGCAUUUGGAGAAAUGUCCAUUUACAGAUUAUACCUCUUGUGCAAAUUAGGCUGGUGUUUUAAAUAUGAAUGUCACAUAAAUGGAGCAAAUUGUAAAAAAAUAUUGGUAAAAGGUUUAAAACUUUCGCUAUAUAAUUACUAUCUGUAAUGUCAAAGGCGCCUUCUUCGAGGCAUAAGGAAUUACAAGUUUUCAAUGUGCCAUUGAAUAGCCAGCAUUGAGUCAAUUUAUGGAAUUCAUUUCGUGGACAGUGUCAGAGCACACACCUUUCACUGCGUUUACAUUAAAUUUAUUUUAAGUUGAGAAUAGAUAGUUUUUAUAUGUUAGAUACGUAAGGCACUAGAGAA